GUACAAGUAAAUCUCAAACUUUCUCAACUCAUCAUUAAAUAAUAUUAUCGACUACAUUCAAUUAUUAACAUCUGAAUCACCACACUUUCACUUCAAAACUCUUUUGUCACCUCUAAUUCAAUCUCCCCAACCACUUUCCCCAAUUUCCAAACAGCACCGAUAUCCUUCUGUCGAACGAAGAUGCAGGCAAUCACGAGAAAAUUAGGGCAGCGAUCUUUGAAACAUCAUUCGCCUGCGAUUUCAUCUUUCAAGUCCCUCUAUCCCCUUUGUGAUGAUCACUACUAUGGUUAUCUUACUCCGCGCUUCGCAUCUAACCUUGUCACCGGGGGUACGGGACCUCUAGUUCGCAAGGGAACUGGUGGAAGAUCAUCCGUUAGUGGAAUAGUUGCUACAGUCUUUGGAGCUACUGGAUUUCUCGGGCGUUAUCUUGUGCAACAGCUUGCUAAAAUGGGCAGUCAAGUGUUGGUUCCUUUUCGUGGAUCUGAGGAUUCUCCUCGUCAUCUUAAGUUAAUGGGUGACUUAGGACAGAUUGUUCCUAUGAAAUACAAUCCCAGGGAUGAAAAUUCAGUCAAGGCAGUGAUGGCAAAAGCUAAUGUUGUGAUCAAUCUCAUCGGAAGGGAAUAUGAGACAAGAAAUUACAGCUUUGAGGAAGUCAAUCACCAUAUGGCCGAACAGCUCGCAAUGAUCGCCAAAGAGCACGGUGGUAUCAUGAGAUUUAUUCAAGUUUCUUGCUUGGGGGCAUCUCCUGCAUCCUCAUCUAGAAUGCUUAGAGCCAAAGCUGCAGGGGAAGAAGCUGUUACACACGAACUUCCUGAGGCAACCAUAAUGCGACCAGCAGUGAUGAUCGGGACAGAAGAUAGAAUUCUGAAUCCAUGGGCAUUCUUCGCAAAGAAAUAUGGUUUUCUCCCUCUAAUUGGAGGUGGUUUAACAAAAAUUCAACCUGUAUUUGUUGCUGAUGUUGCUGCUGCAAUUGUUGCUUCUUUGAAAGACAACGGCACCAGCAUGGGAAAAGUUUAUGAACUUGGUGGCCCUGAUAUUUACACUAUGCAUGAUUUGGCAGAGCUCAUGUUUGAUAUGAUCCGUGAGUGGCCACGCUAUGUGAAUGUCCCUCUCCCUAUUGCCAAGGCUGUUGCAUCUCCUCGAGAUUUUUUGCUUAACAAAUUACCAGCUCCAAUGCCUGUCCCUACGAUAUUUAAUCUGGAUGCGGUCAAAGCCUUUUCCACGGACAACAUUGUGUCAAAAGAUGCUCUGACUUUUGAAGAUCUAGGGCUUGCCCCACACAAGGUGAAGGGAUAUCCAGUUGAAUUUCUUAUCCAAUAUCGUAAAGGCGGACCCAAUUAUGGAUCAACAGUUAGUGAAAAAGUGUUGCCUGAAUCUUAUCCAUGAGACAUUGUACUCCAUUGCCAGUUAAUUUCAGCUUCUUUUACAAGAUUUCUGAAGUGCAGCCAUGUUCAGCCAGAUAAACAGGAAAAAUAAAUGCAAGGGAGUUCUUCAGCUAAUGAAUGUUGUGUGAUGGUGAGACCACUCCUUUUGCUGGAGGAGUUGACUAUAAAGUUUUGGUGCUUUUGCGCCAGACUCAACGAGGCCAAUUGUGUUUUCUUUUUCAGAGUUUACUUUGCUGUAUUUCAAUCAAGAAGUAACCUAGAAAAAGUGGAACGUGAUUGUUGUCAGAGGGACAAAGAUUUUUUCAGUGCUUUCCUCCUGAUCAA